ACGUAACUUCCGCCCGCGGCCGGAAGUUGGGAUCCUGUGAGCAUGGCAGCAUCGAAGGUGAAACAGGACAUGCCCCCGCCGGGGGGCUAUGGCCCCAUCGACUACAAGCGGAACCUUCCGCGUCGGGGACUGUCGGGCUACAGCAUGUUCGCUGUGGGCAUCGGGACCUUGCUGUUCGGGUACUGGAGCAUGAUGAGGUGGAACCGCGAGCGCAGGCGCUUGCAGAUUGAGGACUUUGAGGCCCGCAUCGCGCUGAUGCCACUGUUGCAGGCAGAGAAGGACCGGAGGGUCCUGCAGAUGCUUCGAGAGAACCUGGAGGAGGAGGCCAUCAUCAUGAAGGAUGUGCCCGACUGGAAGGUGGGUGAGUCUGUGUUCCACACAACGCGCUGGGUGACUCCCGUGAUGGGCGAGCUGUAUGGGCUGCGUACAAAUGAAGAGAUUGUGGACGCCACCUAUGGCUUCAUUUGGUACACGUAGGGGGCCGCUCCCCUUGGACCGCUUGGACCCCUGCACCCUCCCCACUGGGAAAGAAUAAAUGCUCUGGAGACCUGCC